UCUCUCCCACCACAACAGCGUUGUCCUCCUUGGUCUCCUGAUGUCAUCCAGCUCUCGCUCUUUUGCAAGUAGUACGCCAGCAAGUUAUUGCAAUAUUGUGCAGCGUAGUACACAUGAUAACCAUACGGCAGGGUUCAUGAGAAAAUGCAACCUCAUGUGCAGAAGUUUUCUUUUUAAAUUUUAGAACUUUUAAAUUUUAGAAAUUUUAGAACGACACUGGUCCAGCCCGCUAUAAUGGGAAGGAGUUUGCCGCACCUCACUACCCACCAACAAGCAACGUGUCACAUUACACAAAGGGCGCUCUGCACACUGUAAGGACAUCUGCAAGGCGGCUGGAGACACGCGAGGUGCUGCAACCAUCCACGUGCGACAGAGGUAAUGCUUGCAUGCACCAGCAACCUCUUACUAAGUAUUAUCUAUGGACUUGUACAGAAUACACAAAAGGAAUCUACGCCAUGGAUGUCAACAACUGUACGAAUGAGAUAAGGAAAUACAGCUGGUUUGCCUUCCUGAUGUAUCUAUGGACAUUUCUGCAGGGAAUCUACGCCAUGGAUGUCAACAACUUUACCAAUGAGAUAAGUGACAACUAUUUCACUUCGGACUAUGCCUACCCCGACUACUCCGAUGACCCUGACUAUGAGGGUUAUGGACCAUGCAAGUAUGAGAGACACAGCGCUGUUUUCCUGCCUGUCUUUUAUUCCCUGCUCUUCGUGUUCGGGUUAAUCAGCAAUGGCCUCGUCAUGUGGGUCAUGCUGAUGUCUGUGAAGCGACUGAGUAUCACCGACAUCUGCCUCCUGAACCUGGCUGUGGCGGAUCUUCUGCUGCUCGUCACCCUUCCCUUCUUGGCCCACUACUCGAGAGCGGACUGGGUCUUCGGUCAUGUCAUGUGCAAAGUUGUCAUGGGCAGUUACUAUAUUGGCUUCAACAGCAGCAUCUUCUUCGUCGUGAUCAUGAGCAUCGACCAGUACCUGGCUGUGGUUCAUGCCGUGAGUUCCCUCAAGACCAUAUCACGCAAAUAUCGAGUCAUCAUGAUCACCGUAACCUGGAUCGUAGGGCUUCUGGUUUCGUUUCCUGAGUUAACGCUCAUUGACGUUCAUCUACAGAGUAACACAAGUUUGUGUGAAGUUGGCUAUCACAGUGAACCAUUCCUGAGAGCAUUUGGCCUGUUUAAAAUGAAUGUCGCCAGCCUUCUAAUUCCAUUUUUCAUCAUGGUGUUUUGCUACUCGAUGAUCCUGAGAAAAAUACUCCGUUGCACUUCAACAAACAGGAAGACCGUCCGCCUCGUGCUUCUGUUGGUUGUGGUGUUUUUCUGCUGCUGGACCCCCUACAAUGUUGCAUCAUUCUUUCAGGCAUUAGAAGUGCUCGGUAUCUACACAGCAUGUGAAUCCAGCAAGGCCAUUCAGUUGAGCCUGCAGGUGACGGAGGCUGUAGCCUACUCCCACACCUGCUUGAAUCCCAUCAUUUACGUCUUUGUUAGGGAGAGGUUCAGGAGGCACCUGUUUAAACACAUUAACCGGAUGCCCUGCUUGUAUAAUAAGCUUAUUUCCACAGUCACAUCACAGCUAUCCCAGACAAGCAGAAGCGAACAGUCCAGUACAGCUAUGAAUGUCACUUCUGUUUAAAUAGCAUAUCCAUGCAAUAUUAUAGACAUACGUGUAGAAUUUUUUUAUCUUUUAACAUAUGUUCUGUCUCCAGUAUAAACCUGUUUUGCAUAAGAAAUCGUAUUAAAUAAUGGAGUAUUUGAUUUUGCUUUUUUCUUUCCUCUGCAAACAUGAAUAUCCAUUACUCUUAAAUAAAUAUAUUUCUACUCUU